UUUUUUUUCUUUUUUUUCUCUAUUUUCAUUUUGUUCUUUUCAAGAUUGUCAAUGUUGAUGUGUGUCAGAGUUCGCUGUCUAGCUAGCGCUUGGCUUACUGCGCUGGGACAUCAUUUUUAAUGAAGCAGAGAUGAGCAAAAGUGGAGUCCUGGAAGGCUUUUCCAGUGCAAACGAAUAAGCUCCCCUUCCCCUUGUCACCCUGAUUUCAAGCAAGUGAAUGCGGAAUAGCCCUUUUAUUUUAAUUUUAAUUUUUUUUAAAUCUCAUGUAUGCUUCACUUUAUAUACGUGGACAGGGGAAGGGACACGGUUCUACUUUCCUUCCCCUUUUUUCUAACGGAAUAGAAAAGACUCGUCGGUGCAGCUGUGUCACACCUGGAGCUGUAACCUGAGCGGAAGGAACACAAGCGGAGCAAACUCUUUUGUCAGUGGAAAGGCAGUCCCUGAUCUCUGUGUAGAGAGAGAAAAAAAAAAAAAGCUACAUCUGCUUUGCCAAGAAGCAGGAUGUCAAACACAAUGAAGUGAUCGUGAACUAACACUGCCUCAACUGACUGACACAGGAAUUAGCCAAUGGCAAACGGUCACAGUAACAGCAUGGGCGUGCCUCUUCAUUCAUCAGCCAACAACCAUCUAACCGCCUCUUCUUCUACUUCUACUUCUUCUUCUACAAUAGCCAAUUACAGCAGGAUUACUCUUCAUAGCUUUAACUCAGCAGCCGGUCUGGCUCUGCUUUCGGAAAAAGAAGAAAAAGAAAAAAAAAACUGUGGUGCACCAAGGGCUGAUGGCAUUCUGAGAUUUAGUGGGACAGCUGCUGUGGAAUUGGACGUGUCACUUUACUGUGAAAAAAAUAAGACAAUGCAGAAAUGAAAUGGCUCCUUUUUGUCCCGUUUGACCCAGAGAAAUCUUUCUUUUCUUUGUUUUUUUCCCGUGAAUCGGACCUCCGGAAGACUGCGUAGAAUCUGUACAGAAGAUCUUUAAAGGAAAGGAAGUAUUUUUCACAUUUCCACAGGCAGACGUAGAGCCGUACAGGGCAAGUGUGUGCAGUGACUGACAAGAUGUCGCCUCCUAAAAAACCCAAAGUGUGACAUUACUCUUUUUCUCACUCUACUCUGUCUCCCAUCGCAGCUCUUUAAAAAAAAAAAAUCAGAUUUUUAACCGUUUGUUAAAGUUGAAAGACACAAAAAAAACAGUGGACUUUUUACAUGCAACAUCAGCAUCUACAUCAUCUGUUUUAAAAAGGAAUGGAGAACAGAGUGACGGGGUGAGAUUGUGCUUGGUUUUUAAAGGGUUCUGACAGCGAAUAGAGCAGUUGUUUUAACUGGGUUUCUCUCGGGCGUGAAGACGACUUACCGUUGGCGCUCAACGCUCUCGUCAACCCGAACAAGACCCCCAGUCUCACACGCCCUCGACCCCUCCUCCUCGUCAACCCAGGUUUCAGCAGCUCCACCUCAGUAGCCUUACUUACAGAAACCUCACUCAGCUGGAAAACAUUUUUAACAGAUACCUCAAUCAUUUACAGGAUGACUUUUUUCACAAUAGCCUUUUAAGGGAACCAAACAUAAACUCAAAAAAAAAAAAAAAGACAUAAAAUACACUCACAGACACACACACACUACAAGCAAACUCUCACCUCAGCAACCUCUUUGCAGUGUUUUAACUUCAAACAUACAGAAACUAGUUGCCAGUUGUCGUAUAAAGAAGGUUGUCCAAGUAGAAUCCUGUUGCCAGUAGACCAGUCAGUAUAUGAGUGGAUCCCAAUGUUUCUAAAUGUUAACUGUCACUCUCAAUCUCUCUCCUUUAUUUUUUCUGCUUUACUCACUUUAUCCUCAUCUCUGCCUCAUUCUCUGUUCUCUAUCUGUACUGUCUCUUUGUUGUCUCUGUCUCUACAAACAGAUGACGUGCCGCUAAGCUUUGGCGCUGCGUUUAACCAAACAUACUACCUCUCCCUUCCGCACAUAUAUAUAUAUAUAUAUAUAAAUUCUUUUUUUUUUUUUUUGUCGCAGCAUGAUUGUGUUUAUUAUAAAGCAUCAGUUUUUUUUAAACACUAAUUUAGAAGGGUUUUGUUUUCUUUCUUUUUUUUGUGUAUUUGUACAGUAUAUUCCUUUUUUUCUCUUUUUCAAAUGCUGGAUGAUUUUUACCUCAACGAAUUUCAAGAUAAGCCUACAAAUCUUAAAUCAGUAAAUCAGAGGCCUCUUUAGCAGCACUUUACCACUGAAGUGUGCACAUGCAUAAAGUAAAACUAUGUUCAUAUCGCAGCUGAAAACAUGCCCAAACUCAAAUCUAGUAGUUUCCAAUUAUUUUAAACAGCUAAAAGCAUCAUUAAGUAUUUGUUGAAUUUCCAUCUGGACGACAUGGAUCGGGGAGUGCAAAUGGAUCCAAUUAUUGAGGUAGCUGUAGCAUGCAGGACAAAAGGAAAGCCAGAAAUCUAAAUAGCGUGGUGUUUGGGGUGAUUUUUGUGAUGCACUUAAAACUGGAAGAAGCAUUUUAUUACAGAAAAGGGAAAAAAGGAAUAGCUUAACAGUUGGCCAUUCACAGUGUCAAUAAAACUUAGCAAAAAAAAAAACUGUCCAGCACUUAGCCCGCAACAUAAAAAGAAAAACUGGAAAAAAAACAACAGCAACUCCCAACUUGUUGGUUUUACUCUUAGUUUUUUGCUUUUUACAAUUGAAAUAAGAAAGAUAAUGUAGCAAUUAGUGAGUUGUAAAGAUGCUGGAAAGCAGAUUUUAUGUUUUAGAAAUGCUAAAAACAAGCUAACUGUUUCCCCCAGGCUCCAGGUUUUAUGCUAAGCUAACCAUCGCCUGGAUGUAUCUUCAUAUUUAACAUACAGAGAUGGUAAAGAUCCUCUCAUCUAGUUCUCAAAAGUCAAUAAGCUUAUUUCACCAAAAUACUGAGUUUCCUUUUAAUAGUAAAGAAAGAAAAAUGACAAAAUAAUUGAAGGUUGCAGCAGUCAGUGAAACCAAAUAAGCUGACAAAGCAAAAUCUGUAUCUAGCGUAGAUACAAAGAAAUUUAAAAAAAGAGAGAAAAAGAAAAAGUGGAGAGAGGACCAAAAGAGACAAUGGAUUAAUACAAAAAUAAAUAAACGUUUAUCCAAGAAAAAACAUGAGCAUUCUGAAGCACAACAGACUGGAUCUGGCUAAUUCAGAGCGUCCUAGAAUAGAAAUAAUCCAGUAAUUUCACAUGUGGUCAAUAACUUGGUGGUUUUACUCUUAGUUUUUUGCUUUUUACAGUUUAAACAAGAAUAUAAUAUGUUAAUUAGUGAGGUGUACAGGUGCUUAAAAGAGUAUUUUUCGUUUUAGAGCCACGCUAGCUGUUUUUCUCCAGUUUUUAUGCUAAGCUAACCGCGGUCUCCUGGCUGUAUCUUCAUAUUUAACAUACAUGCUCCUCAUCUAACUCUCAAAAGUAAUGAUGCUUAUUUCAAAAUACUGAGUUUCAUUUAAAUAGCAAAGCAAGAAAAACGACUAAAUAAUUGAAGGGUUGCACCAGUCAAACAAAAUAAGCUGACAAAGCAACAUCUGUAUCUAAGCAUACUUAAAAAGAAAAAAGAAAGAAAAAGAAAAGUGGACCAAAAGAGACAGUGGUAAAAAAAAAGAAAAAAGAA